AAUCAUUACCCUUUUUUUGCAAUUAAAGGGAAACAUUCAUUUUUGCUGAAUACUCUCCUCAUUAAGCGUCGACAGGCUGUCAAAAAGCCACUUUUGUAUAAAGAAGCAUUAAUUUGCAUGUCUAAACUUGUCCCCUGAUUGUUCAGUAAAACUGCAUUAAAAAUUUUCGCAUCUGAUUUCCACAUCUGAUCUUCUUUAACACAUGUAUAGCAUUUGUGUUGGAACAGGAACAGAUAUGAAUUUUUUUAAUAUGAUGGUGUUUUAGGAGCUAAUCUUUGUUUAUGUUUAAACUUACUACCUCCAGGAUGGCUUGCUGUGCAAGUGAGGUUUAAUUGUUAUUCAACAUGUCUUUGAGUACAUCUGAUAAUCUGAGUGUCAAAGAUGUCAGGCGUUCCUUAAGCUUUGAAGAGAGCAUAGCUGUUUCAGGAGAUGGAAAUAACCACAAAGUUACUGACCAAGAUGACCACAUGUCUGCUGAGCAAAUACCAACUGAAAUACAGCUCAAGAAUGAUUGUGAAAAUAUUUGGAAAGAGCUGAAUAAUACCCAUGCUCGCCUUGAUGCAAGAUCCAAAAAUUUGAACACACCUUACCCAGGUGAAGAAGAAUUUGAUGCUUCUAAGGUUCUUGAGAGAGUCUUAAAAAUAAAAGAGAUGAAUCUUCAAACAGAACUCAUUGCAGUGGAAAACCAAGGACUUCAAGUGACAUCAACAGAUCCCAACUAUACUGAUGCUCAUCUUAAAAAUGAGUUGCUGACAAGUAUAAAGCAGCUGGAAGAAACUUUACAACUCAUAAAAGGACAGCACAAACAGGUGGAAGAUCAUCUGAAAAGAGAAAAAGAGCUUCUACAACAACACCAGGAAGUGAAAAAAUCUCUACAGAUCAAAACUGAUAGACUAGAGAAGGAGAAAGAAAAUAUUCAGGGUGCAACAAGCCAAGUGAAGGAGCUGGAAAGAAAGAAGAAGGCUGCAGAUGCGUAUUUUGUUGAGAUCAUGAAGAAACUGGGUUCUUUUUUGGCUGAAAACUAUCCUCUUCCAACACCUGACAACUUGAAAGGAAGCAAGACAAGAGUCCGUCUAGACCCUAAUGUUAGAUACAUCUCGCUUCAAAAGUUAACUGAGGAUCUGAUGAACAUCUCUUACAUUAGACCUCAUGAUCCUUACAUUAGAAUCAAGGAAAGUCACUGGCCACCAUACAUUGAACUGUUACUUAGGUGUGGCAUAGCUCAGCGACACCCUCAAGACUGCAAUCUUAUUAGGUUGGUGGCUUUCAACUGAUAGCCCACAAUGAGGACUUGCUGUGCCACAGAAGAAAUGUAACAGUGUACCGUAAACCAGAAACGGGAAGGAGGCUUUGUCACCAGCUACGGUUCGUGUUUUAGUACACUUGCAUGCAGAGAGGAUCAGGGGUCUUUCAAACAACAAUACUGAAUUGGAGACUGUGCAAAGCAAGUAGCAAAUGGCUUGAUUUUGAAAAUGGGGCCAAAUCUACGAAACUAUGUCAGCACUGACAACAAAGAGUUUCAACAAAAAGCUUUUGUGAAGCAUUUACUUGCACGUGACUAAACUUGACAGGGGAGUGGGGAUGUUGUAACUCGUGGAGUCCUAAGGAGGAAAAUCAACCCUGUGGUGGUGAGGUGUUAAAGAAGCCAGUUUGAGCUCAGGGUGGAAACGUUUCAACCCAACUGAUUCUGUUGGUCUGACUGAGAUGUGUACCACAGUUGAAAUCAGUCAGGAAAUUAGUUACAGUGUUAACCACAUUUUCAUUUAAAUUCCUUGCUCUCGACCCAGAUACAGCACUCACUACUAUCCCUCCCCCCCUGAAAAUGAACAGGUUUGAUGACCUUUUAUUCAAGGACUUUUCCAGGACUUUUCAAGGACUUUCAACAAUAUUCAAGGAGUCCAUUUCCACACGCACGAUAUCACAUUUUUCCAGUUACUCCAAAAAAGCAAUUUCUGUAAGUGCAAAUAAAAGUCAUACAACCAAAAGAUAG